GGAGCCGCCGCUAAUUGGCCUGGGGAGGGCCCCCCUCCUGGCUCAUGCUCUGUCCCCGGGGGCUGAGGACACCUGGAUCCUGACCCAGCACCUGUGGCCCUGCUCUUAGGCCCCUCCCUCCACCUGCCGGGCAGCCUCCACCGCUGCACUUCCCUCCGGCCGUCCCUCGCCCCUCUUUGUCCUUCCCUCCAUCUGCCCCCAGCCAUGUCCAACAACAUGGCCAAGAUCGCGGAGGCCCGCAAGACGGUGGAACAGCUGAAGCUGGAGGUGAACAUCGACCGCAUGAAGGUGUCGCAGGCGGCGGCCGAGCUCCUGGCCUUCUGCGAGACGCACGCCAAAGAUGACCCGCUGGUGACGCCGGUCCCCGCCGCCGAGAACCCCUUCCGCGACAAGCGCCUCUUUUGCGUCCUGCUCUGAGUCUUUGCGACAGCUUAUCCCGCUCCCUUGCCAAAAUGUGAAUCCAAUAAACGGGGUGACCGUGGUGGUA